AUGAACCUCUUAGCAAAGGUCACAGACGGAUCAAAUGGAGUCUUGGUGGUUUUGUCUUUGACAAACUCGAUUCCGCGGAACAAUCCAGCACCCCUUAAAUCUCCAACGUACUUGUGGGAACCAAUUGCGGACUCCAGCUUCUCCGCAAGAUACUCUCCCAUCUUGAAAGAGUUCUCCACAAGACUUUGCUCCUUGACUUUCUUUUGCACUGCCAGUGCAAUCCGACAGUUGAAAGAGUGGCAGUGGUACGUCUGGGCUCCAGGAAUGGUUUUCGAACCAGAAGCAAUGGCAUUCUUGACCUUUGGAGACACCAGGACUCCUGCAAUGGUGACGAACCCAGAUCCAAGUGUCUUGCCGAUCGUUUGGAUGUCUGGAUACUGA